AUGCAAGACCAAGACGAAAUCAGACCCACUUCUUCCCCUGGGCCAAACUCCCCCAACAAACGUAUCGUCGAGUUGGCGAAUGUUCUAUAUCAAGUUCUGUAUCAGCACAAUCCUGAAAUUGUAGAAGGCAUUGAAGGGCUUAUCGAAUAUUUUGUGGAAGAAGUGUGGAAACAAGGAUUAAUACAGCAAUUGAGGAUGAAAGAAGAUGAAAAGACUAGACUAGCAGAUGAUGAGAUUGCAUCGAGAGUAUGCGAUAUAGUUAAAGACGAUUUUCUCACUUUCAGCAUUUGUGAAAGUGAAAAACAUUGUCUGGAAAUGUGUAACGAAAUUACAAAACAGCACAUGCGUACUCUGUCACCGUCACAUGCCACUCACUUUCCAUCACUUGAUCCCGAAGAAAACUCACAAGAAGGUCCUCAGAAAAAAGCUUUUCACGAAAACAGAGGUCAAUACACGUGGAGUAAUGAUUUGUCGACAGUGCCAUUCCGCUUGUCACCGAUUAAUCCCUCAUGA